GAGUUCGGCUACUGCGCUCUGUGGACCUUCUUCUACCUGACGGCGGCCUCAGCAUGUGCCUCUUGGGGUGGUGUGGACGCUGCUGCCGCCGCCGCCGCCUUUUUCGGCUAUGUGGCUAUGAUUCUCUAUGGCAUCGACGCCUUCUUCAAGUUCAAAGCCUGGAGGAACGGUGACCUGGCCCAGGGCGAGCGUCAAGUGCAAGUUGCAGACCCUGGAAUGCCUUCCCCAGGGGCGUACUAGUGCCCAGCUGCAUUCUGCAGUCAUUCUGCCUGGGGGGGAGAGUGUUGCUCUCAAGGGAGAUAAUACUCCUAAAAAGAGUAUGUGUUUCUGCUACUGGGAUUAUACUGACGCCCCAGGGGGUAGUGUUGCUAAACCUGAGGGUAGGUUAGUGUUCCGAGGGAGGAGUCUGCUACCCUGGAGGUAGUGUUGCUUUCCCUGGGAAAUUGUUGCUAACCCAGGACGUGACUUGUUGUCCCCAGGAUAGUGUUACAACAAUGGGGAAGUUUUUUUUGUCUGGGGCAAUGUUGCUGCCCCAGGAUAGUCAGAGUAUUUUGUGUGACCACAGAAGCCGUUGAUGUGUGGUGUUUAGUAGUGUGUGACUGACACUGAUGGUGGGAUUAUAGUAGGUAAAGAGGAGACGUGUCUAGCAGUGUGUGACUGUCACUGAUGGUGGGAUUAUAGUAGGUAAAGAAGAGACGUGUCUAGCAGUGUGUGACUGUCAUUGAUAAUGGGAAGAUAGCAGGUAAAAAGGAGACAUGACAACAACAUAUAUAUAUAUAGAUAGAUAUAGAUAUGAGAAAAUAAAGAAUAUUUCUCAGCAGAAAGGGUACUAGAAAAUGCUUUACCUCAAUUAGCGUAGUGGGACUCAUAUACUGGGAGAUAGUAGGUGCUAUAAUCAGUGGGAAAUUUUAUAAUUCAAUUUACAAACUAAAUAAUUAAUUUGGAACAAUACCAGCAUAGUUUCUGUUCCUGUAUGGAGAGUUCCAACCCAUGGCAAGCUAGUGCACUAUCCGUUACAGUGCCAGCCUAAUAAACUUCGUCCACCUAGUCUUAUUUCUAUACACCAGGAAGGUUAGCAUGGGCUUCACUGUGACCACAAAUUUAAGUUUUUACAGACGAAUUUCACACCAGCAUGGAUGUGGUGCUCUACCAUGGUACAGUGGACAAUGUACUUACUGGCCUGCUAGUUAUAAGACCGGCUUGUCAUGGGCUCAACCCCUAAUUAGCGAAUUAAGAGGUGCCCAUUGACACACGCACACAUGUAUACACAUACUAAUAUUCCAACAAGGACACACACACACACACACACACACGGGGCGGGGCCAUGAGUUAUGACUCGAACCCUGCAACCACAAAUAGGUGAGCACAUACACACACACACACACAC